AUCGCGUCGCAUAUUGUUGUUCUAGAUUGUCUAUGUGCCAGUCUACGAUAUUUUAUGAGCUGUUUCAAUCAUUGCGAUAAGUCUGCCGUGUUGUGAUUACCAAGAAUUACUUGAAUCGAGAAAUACAAUUAUUGAUAGAUUCGCGAUUUAUAUUUAUUUUCAAAUUUCACUGGUUAUAACCAUAAAUACGGCUGAAAAUGAACAUGAGUCAAGAUAAAAGGUCAAGUCAGACAAGUAGAUCUCGAAGAUCAGAUUUGGAUGGAGACCGUAAACGCCACGCAGAUCAACAUUACAGAGAGCGAAGUAGAUCCAGGGACGGGCAAAAAGGUAGCAAACGCUUUAGAUCUAAAGAAAGCGAUAGAAGAAAAAGCAACGAGGAUAGAAAAAAGUCCAGAACCAGUUCCAAAGCUGUUGAUGAUAAAAAAGAACCUAAGACUAUUAAUGAAGAUGAGCCAGUUCAUGAAGAUAGUCCUAGGCCAAUAGUAAAAAGGGAACCACUAAGUUUGGAAGAUCUAUUGAACAGAAAAAAAGCAGAAGAAGAGGCUCUUUUUAAGCCUAAAUUUAUUUCUAAACAAGAGCGAGCUGCUGUGGCAUUGCAAAAGCGUCAAGAUGAAGUUGAUGCGUUGAGAAAACAACAGAAGGAACAAAAGAGUAAUUUAUCUAUCAAUGAUGGACAUAAUUUACAUCAUGAUCAAGAUUGGAACAACAGAGAAAGGCGCAGAGAAAAUAAAAAAACAUGUGAGGGAGACGAUAAAGAUAAAGCAAAAGAAAUGGAGGCUAUAAAGGAAAGAUACUUAGGAUUAGAAAAGAAAAAACGCAGAGUUCGAAGGUUGAGCGAUAAAAAAUUUGUAUUCGAUUGGGAUGCAUCAGAAGACACAUCCAUAGAUUAUAAUAAUAUUUAUAAAGAACGACAUCAAGUGCAAUUUUUUGGUAAAGGAAAUUUGGCAGGUAUAGACAUUAAUGCUCAGAAGCGAGAUCAAAGUAAAUUUUAUGGUAAAUUGUUAGAUAAAAGGAGAUCUCAAGCUGAGAAAGAACAAGAAAUAGUGCGUUUGAAAAAAGUACAAAAUAAAGAAGACAAACAACAGUGGGAUGAACGUCAUUGGUCAGAUAAAGCUCUGAGUGAAAUGACUAAAAGAGACUGGCGAAUUUUCAAAGAGGAUAAUAAUAUUACCGUUAAAGGAGAUAGAAUUCCAAAUCCAAUUCGAUCGUGGAAAGAAUCUGGUCUCCCUUCAGAAAUUUUGAAUAUUAUUGACCAGGUUGGUUAUAAAGAUCUUACUCCCAUUCAAAGACAAGCUAUUCCAAUUGGAAUGCAAAAUCGUGAUAUUAUUGGGGUUGCUGAAACUGGAUCAGGUAAAACAUUAGCUUUUCUGAUUCCACUUCUUCUUUGGAUAAAUAGCCUUCCAAAAAAAGAAAGAAAUGAGGAAGCAGAUCAAGGCCCAUAUAGUAUUAUUAUGGCUCCUACACGUGAAUUGGCGCAACAGAUAGAAGAAGAAGCUAAUAAAUUUGGCGAACCAUUAGGAAUAAGAACUGUUCUUGUUGUUGGUGGUCUACUGCGAGAAGAACAAGGGUUGAAAUUAUUUAAGGGUUGUGAGAUUGUAAUUGCAACACCUGGAAGACUAAUUGAUGUGCUUGAAAAUCGAUACUUGGUACUUAAUCAAUGCACAUAUAUUGUUCUUGAUGAAGCAGAUAGAAUGAUAGAUAUGGGAAUGGAACCUUAUGUGCAAACAAUUUUAGAGUACAUGCCAGUUACUAAUCUCAAGCCUGACACUGAAGAUGCUGAAGAUGAAGACAAACUCUUAGAAAAUCUCAAGUCCAAAAAUAAAUAUCGACAAACUGUGAUGUUUACAGCUACAAUGCCACCAGCUGUAGAGAGAUUGGCUAAAACAUAUCUUAGAAGGCCAGCAGUUGUGUAUAUUGGAAGCAUUGGGAAACCUACUGAGAGAACGGAACAAAUCAUUCAUAUAAUGGGUGAGGGUGAUAAACGUAAAAAACUUAUGGACAUUCUCGGUCGAGGUUUUGAACCACCAAUUAUUAUUUUUGUUAAUCAAAAGAAAAGUGCUGAUGUUCUUGUUAAAUGGAUUGAGAAGUGUGGUUACAAUGCAUGCACACUUCAUGGCGGAAAGGUUCAAGAGCAGAGAGAAUAUGCUCUUGCCUCACUUAAAAAUGGAAGUAAAGAUAUUUUAGUUGCCACUGAUGUUGCUGGUCGUGGUAUUGAUAUAAAAGAUGUAUCAACAGUCAUUAAUUACGAUAUGGCCAGAACUAUUGAAGAUUACACACAUCGAGUUGGAAGAACUGGUCGCGCUGGCAAAGCUGGUAUUGCCAUAUCGUUCUGUACCAAGGACGAUAGCCAUCUUUUUUAUGAUUUGAAACAAAUCAUUUUAUCCAGCCCCAUCUCCAAAUGUCCAAAGGAGUUGCUGAACCAUCCAGAUGCUCAACAUAAACCUGGUCAAUUGGCUACUAAAACACGCAAAGAAGAGAAAUUAUUCGCUUAAAUCAGAC